GGCAGUGGUCACAAUCCAUCCUCCGGAGAAGCAGCACAAGUUGGAGACUUCUGGAAAGACGUGCCCCCCCGCUUCGACGGCGGUGUAUCUGCCGGCAGCACUCGUCGACGACCGCGCACCUACCGCCGCUACCGCCCCGCCGCCGCUGCCGGUGAGCCAUCCACUCCUGUAUGCUCGUGCCCACAAGGUGCUCGAGGUGCACGAGGUCCGCACAGACUCCUCGAUCGCCAGGCGGGACGCAGAUCUGCUCCAGCACAGCAGCCCGUCCGUUUCCGUCCGUUUCGAGAAGCGGCAGUGUUUAGUUUCUCCAGCCACAGCGGUGGCAAUACCGGUAGACCUCUCGCCGCCCACGGUCCACCUCCCCGACACCCUGACCCUCCCUCCCCGUCCGCAGAUCAAACCGCAACAAAAGGCGGGGUAAAAAGCUCAACGUGCAAUGUGGCGGGUGAGCGGGACCCCCGUGCGGACCGUUGCCCGAUAUAUACCAGGAUAUCCCGACCCACCCCAGCACCGGUCCGUCCGUCCAUGUCCGCGCGUUCCGCGCCCUCUCCCUGCGUCGAUCGGCAAUACCAUUACCUACCCUACGCUACCCCAGCGUGCCCACUGCCCCCUCCCCGUUGUCUCCGGCUGUGAAGGAGAGCCCCCUUGGGCCAUCCCGGCUCCACACGUUGUUCGCCGGCAGACAUGCCGCUGCGACCUGUCGGCACAGGGGAAUCCCAGCAACACGCCAUCCCACUGGUCUAUGUACCGACAGACAGACAGACAAUCCCCACCGCGCAUCCCCGCCCCUCCCCCCGGUGAUCAGCAACUCAAGACCACAAACAACGCAUCGGACAUACGCUUAAUAUGCUCAUAUGCUUGAAGCCCGGCUGAG